AUGAUUAAUGGUAAUAUGGACAUCGCACCUUCUGUUGAUACUCCCAUAAAGUUCUCUUUGAAUAAUGAAGAGGAUGAAUUUAAUUACAUUGAUAUUUCAGCUUGUGAAGAACCAAAAUCGAGUAUAGAGAAGGUUGUUACUAAUAGCUCUAAAAAAACAGAAAUUAAAAGACGUAGUGGGUCUAAAAAACAAUGCCGGGUUUGGCAACAUAUGGAUUUGAUUGUAGUAACUAAUAAAGAUGGCAAAGAGGCCCAAUAUGGUGAAUGCCAGAUUAUAAAAGAUGAUAAUACACGAUGUGCUCAAAGAAUUAAAGUUGUAGGUGGAUCAACUUCAAACCUUAUUCGUCAUCUUUAUUCAAUACAUGGAAUCUUGGAUAGUCAAAUUAAUAUUGCUAAAACUCAUCCAAAAGCAAAAAACCAUUUCUUUGUUCGAUCUUUAUUAAAACUUCUCAUCCGUAAAAAUUUACCAUUAAAUCUUGUAUUAAAGAAAUCAUUUCACGAAUUUGUUCAUAAUCUGGAUUCUGCAUUUGCAAUACCAUGUGAAAAAACUGUAAAGCAUCUUAUCCAUAUUACUUAUAACAAUUCAACAAACUUAUUAAAACAACAAUUAGAAACAACCAAUGAAAAUUUUAAAAUACAUGAAGCUCUUCUUACAUUGACUUAUUUAAAAUAUCCACAUACAGCAAUUAAUAUAAAUAAUGCUAUCAAUAAUCAAAUUGAAUAUUGGGGAUUAAUGGACAAAGUUUUUACGAUUACAUCAGAUAAUGGGGCAAAUGUAAAAGCAGUGAUAAAUCAAAUAGGA